CGGCAAUGAGUUUGAGUCGCCUGAUUUGUCCACUCAUUCCUCUAAAAAUCCCAUCGAUCUCCUCAACGACAAUGAUCAGCCACAGGGAAAUGAGUCAGAAAUAGCUGACGAAUCAUUGAUAGGAAACAUUGAUGUCAAUGAACCCCCAACAGGGAAAUCUAUUGUAAAUAGAGUUCCAUCUCCUAAUCACAAGUCAAAGAAAAAUAAAAAGAAGAAAAGCAAGGAACAUUCAUUUUCAAAUAGACAUAAUGCUAACAACCGUAUAGAUGUGAUGUUAGAAAACUUAUCUUUUGGAGUUGAUGGUUCUAGUCGUCAGUCUGGCGAUUCUCAUCCAGUAAAAGCUAAACCAAAUCUAAAUGCUAGUGGUAGCGUGGUGAAGCAAUGCACAUCAUCCAUUUUACAA